AUGGCAAACCAACUGCUUAAACCCUUAACCAACUCUCCUAAACCGGUUCUGACCAAAGAAGAAGAUUCUCAAGAAAUGGUUGCCUUGCAAGCCCAGAGGAUGGUCUACUCCUUGACAUUCCCAAUGGUUUUCAAAGCCGCCUUGGAGCUAGGAGUCAUCGACACGAUCACUUCCGUUGAGGACGUCAUGUGGCUCUCACCUUCCGAGAUAGCGUCUCGUCUCCCUACCAAACCCACCAACCCGGAGGCUCCAAUGCUACUGGACCGGAUGUUGCGCUUACUCGCCAGCCACUCGGUCUUGAAAUGUCGUGUGGUUGAAACCGAGAAGACCGGAAGGGUUUACGCAGCCGAACCGGUUUGCAAGUUGUUCUUGAAAGAUAGAGAUGCCUCGGGUUCUCUCUUGUCUUUCUUCAUGUUGUGCCAAAACCAUGUCAUUUUCAAGGCUUUGUCACAUCUCAAGGAUGUGAUAUUAGAAGGAAAAGAUGCAUUUGCUUCUGCCCAUGGCAUGAGAGCCUUUGAAUACUUGGGUUCGGAUGAACAAUUCGCAGACAUGUUUAACCUAGCAAUGUCGGAAUCUUCAACCUUGGUCAUGAAAAAGAUUCUAGAAGUUUACAAAGGAUUCGAAGAUGUUGAUACUUUGGUGGAUGUUGGUGGAGGAGUUGGAACAGUACUAGGUCUAGUCACUUCCAAGUAUCCUCAUAUUAAAGGCAUCAAUUUCGAUUUAGCAUCGGUUAUAGCCAAUGCCCCUCCCUAUCCCGGAGUGCAACAUGUGGCUGGAGAUAUGCUUACCGGAGUUCCAAAGGGAGAUGCUAUUUUCAUGAAAUGGGUGUUGCAUGCUUGGAACGACGAGAACUGUGUUAAAAUUCUCAAAAACUGUUGGUCGAGUCUUCCAGAAAAAGGAAAAGUGAUAGUCGUGGAGAUGGUUAUGCCAACAGAACUAAAGAGUGAUGAUGACUAUUCUCCUAACAUUGGGUAUACUGUGGACAUGUUCAUGCUAUCACUACGUGGGAGUGGUGGAGAAAGGACUCUUUCUCAAUUUGAGGCUUUAGCUUAUGAUUCAGGCUUUCGUCGUUGUGAGUUCAUUUGCCGUUCCUUUUCGUUCUCUCUUAUUGAGUUUCACAAAUAG